AUGCUCGGACGCGUCGCCUCCACCUCUCUACUUCCUCCAACUAUCCGCCAGCUUCUUAGCAACACUUCAAACAGCGCACGCGUGCAGGUGAACGGCUGGGUCAAGUCGGUGCGACGUCAAAAGAAUGUCACAUUCGCGGUCAUCUCGGACGGCAGCUCAGCUAAAGGGAUCCAGGCGGUCAUACAAAAUGGCUCGCUAGCAAAAGUGUUAACGAAUGGUGCGAGCGUGAGGCUGGGCGGUACCCUUGGGGAUAGUCCGGGGAAGGGUCAGGACAAGGAGCUGCGUGUUGAGGAGGUGGAAGUCGUGGGCGAAUGCGACCCAGCGGCGUAUCCCAUACAAAAGCAGGCCUUGCCCGUCGAUUAUCUCCGGGACAACUGCCACUUCCGGGCGCGUACAAACACCAUUGCAGAGAUGCUCAGGCUCCGCGCGACCGCGUCGGACGCGCUGCAGCAGUUCUUCAACUCAUUAGGCUUCUGCUACGUGCACACGCCUAUCAUAACCUCCAGCGACUGCGAGGGUGCUGGAGAGACGUUCCGUGUCGCGCCUCCUGAACCCUCAGAACCUGCUACGCACCCAACGGAGAACAAGCCCUCAGAGUUCUUCGGUCACCCAGCGUAUCUCACUGUCUCGUCACAGCUACAUCUCGAGGCCCUCGCGACGGCCCUGUCCAGGGUGUACACCAUCUCACCAAGCUUCCGCGCAGAGCGCUCCCUGACGAACCGCCAUCUAUCCGAGUUCUGGAUGCUCGAGGCCGAGUGGUCGUUCACCCAAUCCGUCAACGACAUAUGUGCUGUCACAGAAGGCGCCAUCAAAGACGUCCUCUCCAAGACACAACCCCAUGCGCAAGUCUUCGCGCAAGCCACUGGGCGCUCGCGAAUCCUCGAGCAUCUCCAAACAGCAAGCUCGACCCCGGUCUGGACGAGGCUGAGCUACGGCGACGCGGUCGCGGAGCUUGCGAAGUACCACGCGUCCGCGCGGAAGUUCCACUUCGAGCCUGCGUGGGGGAAGCCGCUGCAGAGCGAACACGAGCGGUGGCUCGCGGAGGAGCUCGUCAAGGGCCCGGUGUUCGUGACGGACUACCCAGUGGCGCUCAAGCCGUUCUACAUGCGCUUGAACGACGACGGGAAGACCGUCGCGUGCUUCGACCUCCUCGUCCCGCACCUCGGCGAGCUCGUUGGCGGCUCGCUGCGCGAAGAGCGGAGCAAUUUGCUGGAUAAGGCGUUGGAAAGUCAUGGGCUGGACAAGACGCAGUACGGGUGGUACUCGGAGCUGAGAAAGUAUGGAGGGGCGCCGCAUGGAGGGUUCGGGCUUGGCUUUGAGCGUUUGAUUAGCUGGAUAUCUGGCAUUGAAAACGUACGGGAGUGCAUCGCUAUGCCGCGGUGGGCGGGGAGGAUGUUACUGUAG